GCGUCCUCAUUCAUCCAUUCAUCAAUCCAUUCAAAAGCUUCAAUUUUUUUCUCAAUUUCCUCUGCAGGCUUGCCCUUGUAGCUCUUUAAUUACCAACUAAGCUCUUGUUAGUUCUUCAAUUCUAUCUCCUGCAAAAUGGCAAAGAAUGUGGGACAGUCUUCCAUGGAGAGAACCAGCCUGCAGGCUGCCCUGGACCAGAAGCUGGCCCUCGCCAAGCGUUGUUCUCAUGAAAGUGCAAAAGCAGGAGCUAGGGCAGCUGUUCUUGCCACCAUUGCUUCAGCCAUUCCAACUAUGGCGAGUGUGAGGUUCCUGCCAUGGGCAAGAGCCAAUCUGAAUCCAGCUGCUCAAGCUCUCAUCAUCUCCUCAGCGGCGGGAGCAGCAUAUUUCAUAUUAGCGGACAAGACAAUUUUGGCAACGGCACGGCGAAACUCCUUCAACCAACAGGCCUCCUCCUCCAUCACUCCCAAGCACUAUUGACUGAAGCACGAAGCAUUGCAUCGCUUUGAGUGAAGUGAGCAUGACUCCGAGCUCUUGUGGCAAUUCCAAGGAUUUUGUGGAGCUAGUGGGAUUUGGGAAUGUAAAUCCAUCUUCUACAUCUUAAACAAAGAUGGAUUCUCACUACAGAGAGUGUUGUAGUGACUGGAUUUUUGUACAAAUCAAUCAGUUUAGAUGCAAUCUGUGUUUGUUCA